GGGUGGAGGCGUGGGCAUUUCGUAUUUCCAAUCCAGAGUUGUUAGCAAAAUUUCGGUGUGCACAUUGGUUUUCUGGUCCUAUGGCGUCAUCCACCGUCAACAGAUGGCUUAGGCCCGAGGUAUAUCCGCUGUUCGCAGCAGUUGGGGUGGCCGUCGGUAUUUGCGGGGCGCAAUUGAUCCGCAACAUCUGCAUCAACCCGGAAGUCCGGGUGACCAAGGAGAACAGAGCUGCUGGAGUUCUUGAAAACCAUGCAGAAGGGGAGAAGUACGCUGAACAUGCUCUCAGAAAGUUUGUUCGUAAUAGGGCUCCCCAGAUCAUGCCUUCUGUCAACAAUUUCUUCUCAAAACCGCAGAUUUGAGAGUCCUCUCUUAUUUUCACAGUUGUUUUUUAACUGGUAGUUCUCCAUCAUUUUAUUGGCAACUAAUUGUUAUUGGUUGAGAGGGCAAAACAUUUACAUACCAUGGGUUCUAAAAUCAAACAUAUUUAGAGUUUUGAUGUAAUUUUGAAAUAAAUGCACUAAAUCAUUACUCUGCAAUUAUUUUUU